UCUAUGGUCAGCGUUUUCAAAAACGUCAAAUGAACGUCAGGCAGGUUCGUGACGUUAGUUCGUAAUAAAAUUUUUAGCGGGUGAAACUUAUUUGAAUGUAAGUAUAAGAAUAUUGCAGUUUGAGUUUUAUACUCGGUAAAAAAGUAUGCUACAAGUUCAUUUUACUAUUAUAAUAUGAAAGUGAAGAAUAUGUUUACGAAAAAUAUGCUUAUAGGACACGAUUGGUUUAAAAAGUAUAGUAAUACGUGGGUAUUUUAUGAACAGACAUUAUUUUUAUUUGAGUUUUUCCUUUUAGUUUAUUAUCGUAACAGUAACAUGGAGUCCAGAGCUCGAGCAAGCCCUGAACAGUUUUCAGCGAUCCUGGAAUUUAUGGAAAGCCACGGUGACAUAUCAUGGCCCCAACAGGGUCCUCAAGGCCGAAUAAAGGCAGACCGCUUGUGGCAUGAACUUGUUCAGUCGUUAAACUCCAUGGGUGGAGGAGUAGUUAAGCCAUUGGACAAAUGGAAAAAAGUAUGGGCGGACUGGAAAACCAAAACUAAGAAAAAGGCGUUGACUAUGAGACGCGAGGCUUCUGGUACUGGUGGUGGUCCCAGCAGCCGGCUAACCCUUACCCCUUUAGAGGAUAGGGUGCUAGGGAUAAUGGGGUUAACUGCUGUUGUUGGUCAACCAGGAAUAGAUGAGAGAGGAUUUGACGUAAGUUCAGUCUUUGGUCUUUGCUUAUUUCAAAACUUAAUUUUUAAAUGUAAUUUGCAACAAAAGUCCUUGAACAAAAUUAUUCAAAUUAACAAUACACCAAAAUCUGCCAUAAGUAGCUGUCAAGACUACAGUACAAAAUAAGUGUGACAUGAGACAUUUACAAAAGUCGCCGAAUAUAGCUAUUUCAAUAAUUCCUUAACAUUAAUAACUGUUAAAGUUACUGAGUAAAAAUGUACUUUGAAUGUUGAGUGUGUUAAUCAUAUAAACUUAUGAAAAUUAGUCAAAAAAGUUUUGUGGGAAGUAUAUGUAUACUUUGAUUUUGGUUUUUUUUUUAUUUUGUCACAUACAAUUACUUGUCACAUACAAUUAAUAUCAACUUGAACUACAAGUUAUAACCUAGCUACUACUAAACUAACUCAUGGUUGAAAUAUCUUUUUGAUAAAAAAAUAACUUUUCUUAAAUUAUACAACAUGUUAACAAAAUAAUGCAAAACCUUUGUGAUGUUCAUCAUCAGUUAUAUAAAAUGACAAAUAAAACAAAUAAUAAAUGAUUGUGAAACAU